GGCUAAAUCAGCAAAAACAUCAGAGCAAGAACACUUCACUCAUUCCUGUCACUCUAGUCAGACAGUCGGUGGUUCCCUGAAGUCCUUCUGAAAGUCAGAAAGCAUGUGUGGAUUUAUUGUAUAACUCUGAAUAUAGAGCAUGUAAUGUGGUGUUGGGUGGAGGUUUAACCCUUUAAAGGGUACUCAUUGAAAUACUUGAAAAUUCAAAAUUUCAACCCUGGAGUGUAGCUGGAACAAAUAAUAUGACCAUUUUACUUUUCUAACAUUUUGAAAGAAAAAUUGAUUUUCAUGUGGAAAAUCAAGUUGAACGAAGUGACCAUAAAUUGUUAGUUGCAACGGGCAAUGACUGUCAAUGUAUCAUCAGGCUGAUUUGAAAGUGCGGCAUGAACUGAAGUUCUUCAGGGUGUGAGGAACUAAAAGUCUCUAAAGUCUGUGAAAUCCUCAUGGGUCUGUACAGGGUUUGGUUGGCGGAGGCCGCGGGGUGCAGCCAUGUUUUUGAAACUUUUUCAUGUCGGUCGGCAGGCUGUCAGCCAGUCGACAUCAGCCGGCUGAGCCUGCAUUUCGGGAUGGACAGACGGACGACCGCUCUUCCGGUUUCGUGCUGUAAUUAUCUGCAACAGGAAGCAAGCUGUGAUUGGCUGGAACCCGCUGCCGGUCGGCGUAUUUAAUAGUAGGAGGAGGGAUGAGAAGAUCCUGUUCGCCGGCUCAUCUGAAGCUCCACGGAGACCAAAAACACAUCGUGCCUAUUAUGCCUAUAGAAAAGACUCACAUAAACAUCGUGGUCAUCGGCCAUGUGGAUUCUGGUAAAUCGACCACCACAGGUCACCUGAUCUAUAAGGCUGGAGGAAUCGACAAGAGGACCAUCGAGAAAUUUGAGAAGGAGUCCCAGGAGUUGGGGAAGCAGUCCUUCAAGUAUGCCUGGGUGAUGGACAAGCUGAAGACUGAGCGUGAGCGCGGCAUCACCAUCGACAUCGCUCUCUGGAAGUUUGAGACUGAAAAAUAUUUCAUCACUGUCAUUGACGCGCCAGGACACCGUGACUUUAUCAAGAACAUGAUCACCGGGACCUCGCAGGCCGACUGCGCCGUGUUGAUUGUGUCAUCGGCAACAGGAGAGUUCGAGGCAGGAAUCUCUAAAAAUGGUCAGACGCGUGAGCACGCUCUGCUAGCGUACACCCUGGGUGUCAAACAGAUGAUUGUCUGCAUCAACAAGAUGGACACCAUAGACUACAGCGGGGAGCGCUUUGAGAACUUGAAGUCAGAGAUCAGCAGCUACAUCAAAAAGAUCGGGUACAACCCAAAAGCUGUGCCCUUUGUCCCAAUCAGUGGCUGGCUUGGAGACAAUAUGCUUGAAGCGACCUGCAGAAUGCCAUGGUAUAAAGGAUGGAGUAUUGAGAGGAAAGAAGGGAUCGCAUCUGGAAAGACUCUGUUUGAAGCUCUGGACAGCAUCCUGCCUCCUCAACGACCCGUAAAGCUUCCUCUGAGGAUCCCUCUGCAAGACGUUUACAAGAUUGGAGGUAUUGGGACAGUGCCAGUGGGUCGGGUGGAGACAGGCCUGCUGAAGCCUGGCAUGGUGGUGACGUUUGCUCCUCCAAAUGUGAGCUCGGAGGUGAAGUCAGUGGAGAUGCACCACGAGUCUCUGGCUGAAGCUCUGCCUGGAGACAACGUCGGCUUCAACGUCAAAAACCUCUCCAUCAGAGACAUCAGACGGGGAUAUGUAGCUGGAGAUGUGAAGAAUAACCCGCCGUGUGGAACUGCCUCCUUCACAGCUCAGGUGAUCGUGAUGCACCAUCCCGGGGAGAUCCAUGCCGGUUACUCUCCCGUGACAGACUGCCACACCAGCCAUGUGGCCUGCAAAUUUGCAGAGCUGAUUGAGAAGAUUGACCGCCGCAGCGGAAAGACACUGGAGCAAAACCCCAAAAUGAUUAAAACGGGAGACGCUGCCAUAGCCUUGCUGGUUCCCAGCAAACCAAUGGUGGUGGAGAAGUUCUCUGAGUUCGCCCCACUGGGUCGUUUUGCAAUGCGAGACAUGAAGCAGACUGUGGCAGUCGGCGUAGUGAAGGCUGUGGUGAAGGACGAGACAAAGGUUGCCAAGUCAGCAACAAAGAAGAAGUGAUGUCACCUCCUGUCAGCCAAUCAAAACAUCCAUCCAUCCAUCCAUCCAUCCAUCCAUCCAUCCAUUUUCUAUACCGCUCAUCCGUCAGGGUCGCAGGGGAGCUGGAGCCUAUCCCAGCUGACUACGGGCGAGAGGCGGGGUUCACCCUGGACUGGUCGCCAGUCAAUUGCAGGGCCCCAAUCAAAACAAUCAAUAAAAUUAUCAAUAAAAGCUCAAGAGAGCGUGAGGCAUGUGUCUGAGUGUUUUUAUUGGUUACUUGUUUCAUCUCACUGCUGGAUGUUUGUCUCAAUUUGAAUCUGAUAACAGGAGAAGAAGAAGAAGCAGGGGGGGGGGGGGGGGCAGUGUAAACAGGAAGUCAUCUGUGAGUGUGUGGUUACAGCUUGUCAUGCAACAGUGCACAAUCUGAACACGCUGUCACGCAAUGUGUCUGAUUCCUGUUACAAUGACACACACACACACACACACAGUAUGCUGAGUUGUUCCUCUGUGUGUUUAAACAGAUCUGAGAUCAGAUUGAUACUCAGCGCUGCAGUGCUGUGAAGUGACCCUUUAUGUGGCAGACAUGUACUCGUAUGAGUGUGUGUGUGUGAGUGUGCGUCCGUGUGUGCGUGCGUGUGUGCGUGCGUGUGUGCCACCUUUCACAGGAAAUAA